AUGCUUUCCGAGGAGCUCGUUUCGGCCAUCUCCGGCCCGCCCGUCGCCGCCAACACGGCCGUGUCCAAAGACGUCGGGAUUUACGCCCACACGGUCACGCCCACGUGGGCGGCAAAAGCUACCUUCAAGAAGAGCUCGGCGCCGAGGCACUGUCUCGCCGUCACCGACACGCACAUCUUCGCUGCCCAAGAUCAAAAGGCUCACGUUCACGUGUACUCCCGGCAGCGUGGGAACCAGGAAGCCCUCAUCCCCUUUCAGGAGAGAAUCGGCUGCCUCGCGCUGGCUGGGGAUGUUCUCGUCCUCGGCACUGUUCAGGGCCGCUUGAUACUGUGGGAGACCUGCACGGGCAGACACGUUGCCACGCCCCCUUGCCAUGUGCAGGCCGUUAGCUGUCUGGCUGUUACCCCUUGCCAUGUGCUUUCCGCCUCGGACGACUCCAAUGUCAACGUCUGGUCGUUGGCUCGUCUGCUAGACCUGGGUGCCGACCCGGGAUACGAGCCCGACCUAACCCUGUCCAAUCACCGGGGCGCCAUCACCGAUCUCGUCGUUGGGCCCAGUGCAAAUGCCGAGACAAGCCUCUGCGUGUCAGCUAGCAAGGACAAGACGUGCAUCCUAUGGAACUACAGGACCGGCCAAGUUCUCCGAACGCUUCUCUUCCCUGCAGCACCGCUCUGCGUCGCUCUCGAUCCCUGCGCUCGGUCCCUGUUCGUCACCACCGACGACCGUGGCCUGUUUCUCGUGGAGCUCUUUGGCGACAAGCCCCUGCUCGGCUCCAGGAGCGCUGAGCUCGCUUCCAUCGUUGUACAGGUAGGCGCACCUCUUGGCGUCGCUGACGAAGACGCUGGAGUCGCGUCGUGUCUGGCCGUGAACUACGACGGCACGUCCGUCUUCACGGGCCAUGUCAAAGGCAAGAUCCUGCGUUGGAGUCUUGUCGACAAUAGCUAUCCCGCGGAAAUGGCCAACCUCAAUGCUUCUGUCACGAACCUUGUCUUGCUCCCACCCAUCAAGGACAAGAGGCAUACCCGGGCUGUGACCGUGGUGAAGCCAAAUCAGACGCAACGGCAGUACACCUUGUCAGCGCAGCUAGAAGGCGACCUUGGCGACGGUCGUUUUGGCAGCGUCUUAUCAUCCGUUGGCAUCGGCGAUCAGGUAUUGGAAGCUGCCUUGGCGUCAUUGCCUGGGGACAUUCUACCGAGCAAGGAUGGCGUGAAGUCGUAG